AUGUCGUCAGUCGACUAUUACCAAGUGCUUGGUGUGACGUAUUCUGCUACCGAGGAUGAGUUGCGUAAGUCAUACAAGAAGUUAUGUCUCAAGUAUCAUCCGGAUAAAAGUAGAGGUGAUGAUAAUGCCCAUCAAAAGUUUCUUAAGGUGAAAGAGGCAUAUGAAAUCCUUUCUGAGCCAAAUAAGAGGGCCGAAUAUGAUAGGUCAUUCCCCAUUAAAGUGAAUAUUUUCACUCAUAAACCACAUCAAGCAGAUCACCCUGGUGGUGGCUACAGUUAUACCAGUACAAAAACAACAACAUCAACAAGCACUAGUGGUGGUGGUACUGGGAAAUCCAGAGCAUCAGAUGGCUAUUUCCUGUUUUAUCAGAAUUAUUUCCAGCAGCAGAAUGAAGCAACCCGUAGAGCACGAGAUUUCCGUAGACAAUGGGAGUUUGAUAGCAAACGACGUGAAGAAGAGAAGAGACAAACAGAGGAAUUGUUACGGAGACAGAGAGAAGAAGAGAUACGAAGGUACCAAGAAGAAGUAAAGCGUACGCAGCGACGUCAGGAAGAAUUAAAGCGAGAACAAGAACGUCAGGAAGAACUUCGAAGGGAACUGGAAGAGAUCAGAGCACAAGAAGAGCGCAUUAAACAAAAGUUAAAAGAACAAGUCAAUCAAGAGUUUCUGCUGCAUUUGCCAAAUGACAUACCACAACCUCUGCUGAAUGGUGGAUUUGGACUUGGUUCUGCAUCUGAUCCUGAUGACACAGAUAUUUCCUUUGAAGGUGAUGGUGAAGACAAUCCCAUAGUUGUUGAUGAUGACGAUGAUGAUGACGAUGAUGAUGACGAUGAUGAUGACGAUGAUGAUGACGAUGAUGAUGACGAUGAUGAUGUUGAUGAUGAUGUUGUUGAAGAUGACGAUUGUAUUGAGGAUUUUGAAAGACGACGUUCUCCUUCGUUAUCUGAGGAUAGCGAUAUUGAGGAAGAGAAUCCUGGCAAUGGUGACGAUAUAGGACAAGCAAGCUUUGCAAGUGAAUCAGCUAUCCCCAAAACUACAUUAUGUGAUGACAUAGAACAAGAUUCUGAUGUACUUGAAGUGAAGCCAGAACCGUCUGAAACCAUUAAGUCCACCACCUCACCAUCAUCAUCAUCAUCCAAGAGGCAAAAGAGAGAUGGUAAGCCAUUCAUAUUUCAUCCCUUAUCCUCGGAAAAUGCUGUUCCUACUGUUAAAAGGCAAAAAAUAGAUACGUUUUCAACUACCAAAUUGAAGGAGAACCUUACGAUGGGAAUAGAUGAAGUUGAUUUCAGUGAUUUACAAGACUCACUCCCAAGAACCACCCUUAAUAGACAACGGAAGACACUGAAUACCAACUAUUCCCCUAAAAAUAAGAAACCCAAACUUGCUGAGUUUUCUGAUGGGACUUCAAAGGCAGAAACGCUUCAAAGUCCAGUUAAUAAGAGGUCCUUUGUAACCAAUCACAGCAAGGCAACAGCAACAACUAAUAGUCAUGUUCAGCCGGUUACUGCACUUGAUCUACAUGCAUCCCCAACCAUACUUGAUAUCCUACCUCCCAAAGCACCCCAUUCUUUAUUAGAUGACCUACCAACCAUCGAAACAUGGGGCAAAUACGUCAAUAAAGUAACCCAGUAUCAGAAACAAUGGUUUGAGUAUCAAGAGUAUGUGCUUAGAUAUCAAGAAGAACGUCAUAGAAAGGAUAAGGAACUCCGAGAUCAAAUUAAUAGUUCUACCAAUAAUUUUAACGUUUAUCUUGAGUGUUUGAAACAAGACAUGGUGGUUCAAGAUCGAUACGUUGUACUGCUUAGAGAGCAUGUUCAUUUCAUGAAUGUGUAUAAGCUGAACUGUUCGUGGAUGAAAGCGGUGAAGAGAGGUUGA